AUAGAAAGCGGUAGAGAAAUAGAAAGUCCGAUAGCCUGUAAAUUGAGGAAGAAGAGAUAGUCGAGAGCCAAGCGAGGUGAUGGCAACAAAACGCCUUAGAAGUUUCAAAGAUAGUGAAGAAGAUGAACCUAAGGCACAGAAAAGAAUGGAGAUUACUAGUCAUAGUAACGAGCAACAACGAAAACCUAAUUUUCCUCCCGAAAUGGUUUUGGAGAUAAUCAACAGAGUUCCAGUUAAGUCGGUGAUCAGAUUUGGCAGCAUAAGUAAAUACUGAUGGAUAUGUUAGGUUUCAUGGAUUUGGAUUUGAUCCGAUUAGCAAGGAAUAUAAGUGCGUCAUUAUCUUUAGCAGUAGUGCUACUGUUGAUCUGUUUAAAUGCAUGAUGGUGUUUACUCUGGGGACAAGUUGUUGGAGAAAAAUUGAAAUCCCUAACCCUCCUAUUUUACUAUGUGGUGAUCAUGUUUACAAAGCAGCCAUCUCUUCUGGUGGUGUUCUUUAUUGGGGAACAACUGGAGAAUCUCGUGAUAUGAUUUCGUUCGACCUCCACAGCGAGAAAUUUCAAGUCUUUCAAAUCCCUUCUGAGUGCAUUCUUUCCUCAACUGAACAGCAGCAACAAGCAGUGAUAGUACGGCAUCUUAAGUUUAAAGGAUCAUUGUGUGUUGCACGUCUAGAAAAGACAUCAGGAACAAGUCAGAACAAUUGUAAGGUUCACUUAUAUACAUUGGAUGAUAGAAGUAAGAGUAUAUGGACCAAAAAGACUUUACUUCUUUCUCUUCGGCCACCUCCCUGCAGCUAUGACAGUUUUCAUGUUAUGGGCUUCAAUGAUAAGGUUUUACUUUACUGGUUCGACGGGGGAAACUUUCACUUCUACGAUCUUCACAGGGAAAAGGAUUUCAAGGUUGUAAGAUUCUCUUGUGGUACUGUCUUUGAGAAGGAUCCCAAUUGUGGUCUUUUUGAUUAUCAGCUAUGCACUCAUGUAGAGAAUUGUCUCUCUUUAAAAACAUUUGUGCCAGAAGGGGCACACCAAUUCCGAGCUGAAACUCUAAAAGCCAUCAUAGAGGAAAGACCUAGAAGACCUGGAGGAAUCUUGCGAGUAUCUGCCCCGAAACAAACACCGGUAGCUUUAUGUUUUCUAUUUGAUUAGUUUCCGUUACUCAUUGUUUAUUUGUAUGUCUAUCUUGGUUGUUGUUCAUAGUGCAUUUUGCUUCACCUGAUACAAUUUAGUGUGAAAAUUUCUCUUA